CGCAAUAUUUAGGUAGUGCGUUACAGUUAGUUUGAACCGAGGCAGUCAAUUUUAUUCUGUAUGCUUUGCAUCAUAUGAGAAUUUCUAAAUAUUUGUUUUAUUGGUUUCUCACAAAUAUCGCGGUCAGACGUAGCAAACGAUAACUUUGGUCAAUUAAAAGUGGUCAAUGUUCUCAAAUGGAAAGACCCUUACCAUUCUCACGUUCCAAACUACCUAAAUCAAAGCAUCGUUUUGUCUCAUGGUCUGUGAAGCAAAAACAGAAAAAAUUCAAUCAGGCCCUAUCGGCGAACCGUUCAAAUGUCCCUUUUAAUUGUCCUUUAAUUGGAUGUUCUGGGAUUGGUCAUAUUAAUGGCCGAGAUACUGCACACGUGACCCUAUCUGGAUGCCCUUUGUAUCACAAUAUGAGCUUUGUGAAAUGGGCGGAGAUGCGUGCUCGGGAAGAAGGUCUUGUUGUUCCAGAAUCCAUUAUACGGAUAUCUCAAAAUUCACCAUCACCUUCUAAAGUUAAGCACAGGGUUGACCGUUCACAUCAGUUUAAAACUACACAAAGGGAACCUAUGCUUGAUGAUUUAGCUAGCCAAGUAGAGUUGUACCAGUUUCGUCGUGCUCAACAAAGAUUGGUUUCAACCUAUGAGACGGAUGCCCGAGAACAUUUACUUCUAUGUGCACGAGUGGCUUCGAAUUCAGGAAAUGUACCCAAUAAUGCAUUUUCCGAAAAUAUUGAGUUUGCUACAGAACAGCGCAUACGUUCUGUUAUUUUUGGAACAUGGGAUUUACAACCGUGGUAUCAGAGUAAUUAUCCUGCCGAUUUGAGUUGUCUACCUACCAUAUACAUUUGUGAAUUCUGUCUAUGUGGAAUGCGCCAUAAGGUUGCAUAUGAUCGUCAUAAAAUUAAUUGUGGUCGAACGUUUCCUCCAGGUAAUGAAAUAUAUCGUAAGGAGAAUCUAUCGUUUUUUGAAAUUGAUGGACAAAAGCAUCAGGAAUAUUGUCGAAAUUUAUGUUUAUUAGCUAAAUUAUUUCUGAAACAAAAAACAGUUCAUGAGUUAGAUCAAGUUCCUGCAUUUUUAUUCUACGUAUUAACUGAAACAGAUCAAGAUGGUUCACAUAUUAUUGGUUAUUUCUCAAAACAAAAAGCUGAUGAUCAAUGUGACAACUCCGUCAAUACCGUGUACAAUAAUCUUUCAUGUAUUCUCAUUUUACCGCCUUAUCAAUGUCGUGGUUUUGGUCGUAUGCUAAUCGAGAUGAGUUAUAUUUUAAGUCGACUAGAACAACGUAUUGGUACACCAGAACGUCCAUUAUCAGAUUUGGGCAUCAUUAUUUACAGAAGAUAUUGGCGUUUUGAAAUUUUAAAAUACUUAUCGUCAUUCACAGCUAAAUCAAUUAAUAUUCGAAGUUCAGUCAACAUAAAAUGUACAUUUGCCAACAAAGACUGAUCAAAUUUUAGUAUAAAAUAUCAGAAACGAAAUUUUAUGAUAUUACAAUGGUACCGAGGAACGGAACGUAAACCAGGAACACAAUAAUGGGACGAAGCUAAGUUAUUCUUCUGCAUCCCAGCUCUGUUAGCUAGAUGAAGAUCAGAGUCAGCUAGAAAAAUAUAUAAUUCUACAACCAGCCCAGAAGAACGAAUAACAAACACCCAAAUCUUAUAUGAUGUAUACAAUAUAAAAAUGUCCUUGAAGAGCGUCACUAAAUAAAGUACCGAAAAAGAAGACGAACCAAUAAAAUUUAAAGUCCUUCCAGGCGGGUAACACAAGUUAAAGGUAGUAAUGGGAGCUUUUGGCGCGAAAACGAUAGAUUCAAAUCUCUACAAUUAAAUUACAAAAAUAGGAUGUUUAUCAAGUGAUUUCUGGGGGUCCAGCAUCUCCAACUUCGUUGUAUGUGCUUCCGGUUCCGGAGGUUGUCUCACCAGAUGUCAUACGGUACUUAAUGGGACCUUAGCUUGCUGAAACUGGUCAAACCAAUCUAAACUAAGUAGAUUUAAAGUAACUGGCGUUACGCAACAUACCCUGGUGAACACCGAUUCUCGGGAAGACACGUCACAAUCUAGUCGUCCGAACAAACGCAGAUAACUACCACAUGCUGUACGAGCCUUUUAUCUUGUUAGCUGAAUGCACGGGCUGCCCAUUUCGAUCCCAAAUUUACGGGAGAUAAUG